CGGGCCGCCCAAAAGACGCUAGCUGUCGCACCUGUACCUCUCGGCGCGAGAUUUUUCUCUGAGACAAGAUUCUAAGAGAUUCUCCUUGAAUCGGUUCCAGGUAGAGGAUUAAUCUCCUGAAAAACAGCCCAGAAUGGCCACAUCCCUGGAACCUGAGGAACAAAAAGGACUUUUAAUAGUUAAGGCAGACCAUUAUGGGGGACAGGACUCCAUCUCACAAAAGUACAGUCCUCACAGAAGGGAACUCUUCAGGCAGCACUUCAGGAAACUCUGCUAUCAGGAUGCACCUGGACCCCGUGAAGCUCUUACCCAGCUCUGGGAGCUUUGCCACCAGUGGCUGAGGCCAGAAUGCCACACAAAGGAGCAGAUUUUAGACCUGCUGGUGCUUGAACAGUUCCUGAGCAUUCUCCCUAGGGACCUGCAAGCAUGGGUGCAGGCACACCAUCCAGAGACUGGAGAGGAGGCGGUGACUGUGCUGGAGGAUCUGGAGAGAGAGCUUGAUGAACCUCGAAAGCAGGUCCCAGCCAAUUCAGAAAGACAGGACACACUUUUGGACACGUUGGCCCCCUUGAGAAGGCCACAUGAGUCACUGACUAUCCAGCUCCAUCCCAAGAAGACCCAGCAGGAGCAGGAAUCUGGGGAGCCCCAAAGGACUGGCUUUUUGCUUCUUAAACCUAGAAUAGGACCUGUUUGUAUACUGUUCAUUUGUUACAGGUGAUAAAACCAAGACUAAGAAUGAAGAGUUGUCCCAGAAGGAAGAUAUACCCAAAGACAUGGAAUUCCUUGGGAAAAUAAACAACAGACUUACCAAAGCUAUUCCUCAGUAUCCUGAAUCCAAAGAUGCUAUUGAAAGUGAAGGCAGAUUCGAGUGGCAACAGAGGGAAAGAAGACGCUAUAAAUGUGAUGACUGUGGAAAAAGUUUCAGUCAUAGCUCAGACCUUAGUAAACACAGGAGAACUCACACUGGAGAGAAGCCCUAUAAAUGUGACGAAUGUGGAAAAGCCUUCAUUCAACACUCACAUCUCAUUGGACAUCAUAGAGUACACACUGGAGUGAAACCCUAUAAAUGUAAAGAAUGUGGGAAAGAUUUCAGCGGGCGCACAGGUCUCAUUCAGCAUCAGAGAAUCCACACGGGUGAAAAACCCUAUGAAUGUGAUGAGUGUGGGAGGCCUUUCCGUGUAAGUUCAGCCCUUAUUAGACAUCAAAGAAUUCAUACAGCAAAUAAGCUCUACUAAUAUGGUGGAAGUAACAAAAGUUCUUUAGACACUCAGGCCUAAUUAGUUAUCAGAGAAAUCUGCCUUGGAGACCUUGAGUAUCCUGAUGUAGGCAAAGCUUCAAUCAUCAUUAAAAAUUUCUCUGGCACCAGAGAAUUUACCUGAGUAAAAUUUCCUUUUAUUUCUGAAGUAGUUCAGUUUCUUGGAAGGAACUAAGAGUUAUUUCAGAAAGCCUUGUCCACUGCCAGCAUUGCUCACUUGCAGCCCCAAAUAACCAUGUUUCCUGGUCCUGGUUGAAAGAUGUGAAUUCUACCUCUCGACUCUGGCUCCUUUUUCCUUGGCCACUCAGUGUAUGACUUUAGGCAAGACAUUCAUAUUUUCUCUGCCUUCAUUUUCCCAUUCUGCAAAGUGCAGAUGAUAUAAUAGAAGCCCACCGGGUAUGCUGUAUUAAGUUAAAAUAGAUGAAAACUGCUUUUGAAAUUAAGAACUAAAACCAUACUAUUUUUCCCCAUCAUUAGUGAUAUAAUGGCCUAAAUAUCCCUUAUCUUAAAAUGGGGAAUAUAAUAAUUUUGUGGAAUAUUUUGCUUUGCCAGUGAUAAAAAAAUGAGGAAACCACCAGAAAGAUAGCAGGCUAAGAAAAACAUUAAAAUGGAAAGGAAAGCUGUAAGUCAUCAGUGGGAGCUGCUGGGAAGGGGGAUGAUGGAGUGUGUUAGGGAUCUGUAACUUUGGAUAAGUCACUUCUCUUCUGAAUCUCAGGUCAUUUAAACUGAGGGAGAUCGGGAGAGGUUGGUCUAGAACUGCACUGUCAAAUAUGGCAGCCAGUACCCACAUGUGGCUAUAUACAUUUAAACUUAACUGAAAUAAAGUGGAAAAUUCAGUUCCUUGGUGACAUUAGCCACAUUUCAAGUGCUCAAUAGCCACGUGUGGCUGGUAGCUACAAUAAUGGACAGCACAGAUCCAGACCAUUUUUUAUCACUGCAGAAACUUCUCAAGGACAUUGCUGUUCAAUCAUUGGUAAGGUAACUUCCAGCUUUGGUAUGUGAUUCUGAGUUCAGGAAGGUAGCAAAAGAGAUAGCUGAAGAGGCUGUAAUAGCAAUAGGAGAUAAAAUACAAACACCUUAAAACAAAGUAAUUUAGUAAAAAUAACUCUGUGGUACUUUUUCAGCCUUAGAAAGAGAGUGUAUUGUAAUUGGAGAAAGAUGACUAUUAAGUAAAUACAAUAACCUAAUAAUCAAAAUUGAAAGCUUAACUUACUACUUCAUCUCUAUAAAAAGAGUGUAAUUACCUUUACAAGGUAACAUCCCCUGUCAGUUACCCUAUACUAAUGAGAAACUGGGACUCUCAGGACACUAAUACUUUAAGACACAGUGAACAAUUUAGUUUUUCUUUUUGGCUUCAGAAUGUAUUAGCAUUUCAUGAACGUAUUUGCGACAGUUUUACAUCACUAGUUUGAGAAUUUUAUAGCAUGACAGGAAUUGUGACCAAAGGCCAACACGUUCAAAUUUACAACACCAUCAAACUGCCACGAACCACUAAUUCUAGGAAUAGCCAUCACCAAAAUGAUCAGGAAGUGAUCUAAUCUCUUACUGAAGACAUUAAUUACACAUACUUGCUUUGAGAGUAGGAAAAGCACCAGAAUCAUUUUGUGUCUACUACUAUUGGAAGGUGACUCUUAAAUCAUUCUUCAUAACACCAUAAAGAUAAACUGAGCUUUUAUAUCUUUUGAACAUAAUGCUCCUUAUAAAAAAAUAAAAGUAAGUUUACUUUGAAUGUAUACAUCAACUGAUACAAAUAUUUUAAGACAUCAAGUUUCACACUCAUACUUGUUUUUUCAUUUAUCUGAGCACUAUUUCAAAACAUUUGAAACAAAGGAUUUUUUAAUGAUCAUGAAAAGUAAAGUAUUAAAUCUUUAGUAUUAGAAACAUCCUUUUCUAAAAAAUAAAGUUAGAUGCUUAAUGAAUGAUAGCUUUUCCCCCUUUACCUUCAGUCUUGCUAAAAAACUGUCAUGUGUAGAAGCUGUUCACAGUCUUUAAAGGGGAAACUCAUGUUUCUGAUCUUAUCCUUGAAUUUAGAGACUUCUGCAAUGGUAAGAAAGAUGAUCUUGGCUACCACAACAUUAAGUUUACUUAAAUGGGUAAAAACGAUGACAGACUGAUUUUCCUCUAACGUACUCUGUAUGAUUGAACAUUCUAUUCAGGUAGUAGUUUUGAAUACCUGUUGUGUAUAAAGAACUGUUCUAGUCUUAGAGUUGUACACCCUCAAAGUCUGAGUGAAGAGUAGUUUGGAGCACUGAGACCAUGCUACCCUUUUUAGUCUGGUGUUGAUUCCAAAUUGCCACCACAGUGUCCACCAUCUGAUCUUGACCAGAGGGGCAAGGAUAAGAGUCAGGGAGGUACAGAAAGAUUUGGGGCCAGAGACAGCCUGGAGUGAUAGUGGCAAGAGAAGAAAGUCCAGUGGGACCUGGGAUAACUGCUGGCAUAAGGCAAAGGGGGCAUGAGGUUAAAGGAGAUCUAAGUAGUUGUUAGUAUUAUGAAGGAUUAGGCAGUGUCCUAGUAAGUCUGUAGAAACGCACAAAAAAAUUGGUGAGGAUGCAAGCAGUUAGAAAGAGGAGCUCUGAGUUCAAUCGCAGCCACAGUUAUUCGAAAAGAAGGUGUAAUAUGUUAGACGCCGUAAUGAGACCACUGAGUUCUAGCAGAGAGCCAUCCUGGAAUGAUGGCACCUGCUCGAAAAGAACCCUAAACAUGGAAGGCAGUUUCUUAAAUAGUUGUGUCAAAAACAUAUGCAUCACUCCUCCCAAAUUUUUUGGAGGGUUUUUCUUUGUUUUGGAGGGAGGCAAGAACUUGUAGUUUGUAGUUUUCAUGAACUAGUAGAACAGACAGUGAUUUUAAGAGGCAUCUAAAGGGAGUACGGGGGCAGUUCUUUCAGAUACAGUUGGGGAAUGGUGGAUAAACUGGUGAUUUUGAAUGAGGAGCCAACAGCUAUAAAGGGAGGAAACAGAUGAGAGUUGGGGUAGGAGAGGAUGUCGGAGGUAUGCACGGGCCUUGGUGAACAGGGGGGAAACAAGAUAGAGGAGAAGGGGAUGGAACAAAAAGAGAGUGAUAAAAAAGGAGCUAGGGUAUAGGGAAAGGAACAAAGAUAAAAUAAGAGAUGGUGAUAGAGAAAGAAAAGAGUGACAAGUAAUUCCAAUAUUGACAUCAAUUAUAAUUGAGACAGUGGGUCAUAUGCCACAGCCAUACGAAGGUGAACAGAUCAGCUUAUCCCAAGGUCGUUGAGUCUUACAUGCACAGCACAUAUUAUUUAUGUUAUCUUUAUUGAAUGGGUCUACAAUCUCAUUCUGAGCAUGAAAUGAUUUCUUUAUAGUCUAAUCAAAAAGUCCAUCAACAGUGAAACUGCUAGAAACUUUGAAAUGCUUCAAAACAACCUGUUCUCCCCUUAGUAAUAUCACAAGGCAAUUAGACUAAGGUUCUAAAAGAAUAGAUCUCUCAGUCUUUCUUACUCAAAUCCUCUAGAGCACAGUUUCUCAACCUUGGUUUUACUGACAUUUUCAGCCAAACAAUUUCUUGCUGUGGGGGGCUGUCCUCUGCAGUGUGGGAUGUUUAGCAGCAUUCCUGGCCUCUACCCUCUAGAUACCAGCAGCCCCAACUUGUGGCAAGCAAAAAUUUCUUAAGAGAUACAAAUGUUCCCUGAGGGGCAAAAUCUCUCCCCCGCCCUGCCAGCCCAGUUGAGAACCACUGCUCUAUAGGAAAAUAAUCUGAUUUCCAUGACCGUUCCACAUCAUAUACAAUAAGAUUCAACUUAGAAAUGUUACAUAUGGCCAGCACUGUUAGACCCUUUUACUACCCCACAAAAUGAUUUUCUAGACCUUCUUCUCUCUAUACCGUACUUCUGCUGCUACCCUCUCCUUUGCCCCUUGACCCAACCACAAAUAGACACUUUAUCCUUGAUCUGCACUGUCCAAUACAUUAGCCACUAGGUACAUGUGGCUAUCAAGCACUUGAAUUGUGGCUACGCAACUGAGGAACUAAAUUUUUUUCACUUUAAUUUAAAUUUAAAAACUGAUACUCAAUUCAGUUAUUGGAGAACCUUUAAGUAUGUUCGGAGUAUUUCGGUUAUAGGAAUCUAUUUUUUCCAUUCAAAAUUUUAUGUAAUCUCAAUACAGAUCAAGUACUUCCAAUGAAAAUUUAAUAACUGAAUUGAGAUGUGUAGUAAGUAUAAACACACUGGAUUACAAAGACUUAGUAUGAAAAAGGACUGUAAAAUAUUUCAUUAAUAAGAUAUUAUUUUAAAAUAAUAUUUUGGAUAUACUGGUUUAAAUAAAAUACAUUAAGAAUUAAUUUCACCUAUCUUUUUACAUUUUUAAUGUGGCUACUAGAAAACUUACAUCCACAUAGGUGGAUCACAUUACAUUCCUAUUAAUUGGACAACAAUGAUCAAGAUCUUCUCACUCUCAGGGUAGGUCCCAUUCACUAUGUUCCAAACCACCUCAGUUCUGUGAGGCUAAGUUCUGUGCUGCCAAGGACUUUUUACCUUUUUCUUCUUAUUCAUUAAUCCAACAGGUAUUUACUGAGUGCAUGCUAUGUGCCACGCCUCUAUUUUAGGUAUUGGGGAUAGAGCAGGAUAUAACAAGAUAUUUCCAUGUAAGACUGUGAGAAAAAUAGUGAAUGUUAAAAUUAAAGGUAUAAUGCUGUCCUUUCAGAUGGAAGACUAUUAGGAAAAAAAAGGCAGGGCAUUUCAGGUUAGGUGUGGGGAGGAAGGAAAGAAAAGGGGGAAAAAUAGAUUGUUACUUCGGGAUUACAAUUUCAUUUCAAUUUAAUAAGAUUUUAAGUUUGGUUUGUUUGGCAAGUCCAAUAGCACAGCAAUAGGGACUAAAGGUCUUUGGAUAUGCCAUUGCAUGAGAGGACUUAUUAAUGGUUAGACCUGCUUUAUGCAUUAUUUUUAAUACACACUUCAUAGUAUUUACUGCAGAAGUCUCUUUGGGGAAAUUAGCAAUGGAACAAUUUCUAUAUGUAAGAACCAUAAGUUCCCAUGUAUGUUGAAUUAACCUAUUAUAUAUCACCGUAAUACUGGGUACAAGGAAGGAAAUUUCAUUAAUCCAGUUAUUGUGCCUUUUUGUUUUUCUCUACUCCACUCAGUAGAUAGUCUUGGAAAACUCUCCUAUAGCCUUAACUUUAUCUCAAAGACAUGAAGUGAUUACGUGCUUUUGAUGUUUUUUGUUUAAAAAUAACUUACCUAUGAAGAACAAUCAACAGAUA